GGCGUCUAGAUACGAGAAAGCUACAAGUAGCAACCUGAAGGAUUAGCAUUCAUUAGUGCCCUAAAAGCCGAGAAUAAUACGAAAAAAUAACAUUGAAACAAUAACUACAUUUUACGGAAUGUCCACAAGCCGUCACAGCUUUGCGUUAAGUUAGAGAAACUUCGUGGAAACGCACCGACCGCCAUGUUGAAGCUGAACUUCUGGAGGGAGAAAGAAAAACAGUUCAAACACAUAGCCCAUGGUUUGCUCCCUGCCGCUUCCAUCGCCCCCAAAGCGGCUGUACCUCGUACCCCACCCCCGCGCAGCCCUGCCCCCUCACCCGAGAGACCCAGAUCCGCCUUAGCAGCUGCCAUUUUAUCUUCGUCACUGACUGGACAGACGUGGGCGCUUCCGCCAGCCCGUAAACGUGCUCUUUCUGAGAGUGAUCAAUCAGAGUCCUUAAUUUCUGAGCGCAACAUCAGCACAGCUCUCUACCCACGUGAUCGAUGGUCAGACGGCUUUGCCGUUGGUCCGUCUCUGUCCUCCCCGGAAAACUCAGAGGAAGAGCUACAUCACCAGGAAGCCGAGGAAGAUGAAGGAGUAGGCACAGAGAAGAAGGAAUACAGUGUCCAAACUCUGGACACUGAAGAACCAGCAGUUGACGCUUUGCCAUUAAAGCACUUAACAAAUUUACUCCGGUCGAGUCCAAAGUUUGAGUCCAGCAGGGAAUCUUCUCCAGGAUUUCCUAAAGAAAAUAUCUUGGACCUUCCUAAAGCCAGAAAGAAAACGAAGAAGAAAGACUCCAUAAGCAUUAGAGACGAUGUGCCAUCCACGAGCCAAUCCAAAGAGCCUAAAGUGCAGAGCUGGCCAUCGCAUGAGGUCAGCAUCAUAACCAAGGACGGGAAAGAAGUGAAGACCCUAAAGGAAAAGAAUGCAAUGCUGCAGGAGAAGCUGCAGCAACUAGAAGAGGAAGUCAAACGUGGGCGAGCCCAGCCAAUGAAGACCUCGCAUACAGGCACACUGGCAGAGCUGAGGGACGUAAGACAGCAAGCACAAGAGCUCGUGGAUGAAAACGAUGCCCUCAAACGCAGCGUCCAUCGUCUCAGCGUGGAGCUUAGUGCCUACCAGACUAAAUACAGGCCGCUCAGCAAGCAGGAGAUCUCCAGAUUAAGCAGUUUACCAAAGACGGGUUCUCCUCCUCCGUGGCUGUUGGACAUGAAAUAUUUGUCUCCCCUGAUGUUGGCCUACGAUGACAUGUUGAAUGAAAAAGAUGCUCUCCUGUGCACUGCGGAGGAGGAAGUGAAAAAGCUUCGAGUGCACAUGGAGGAGGUGGUGAAAGAAAAUGAAAGGUGUCACAAUCUAAUAUCCAACAAGACCGGAGGCCUCAGCAAGGAGGAUUGCCACCAAAUACAGCAGCAGGCCUUGCUGGUGCUGCAAGAAAAUCAGGAGUUGCUUGAACAGCUGGAAGCUCUGAAUGCUAAGAACAAGAGUGAGCACAGUAAACGCCAAUCUGAAGUGUCCCAAGCAACCAAGCAGCUGAUGCUAUUGGAGAACGAAAAGGAGCGUUUGCAGGAGGAAGCAGACAGGAGUAGGAGGGAGGCAAACCAAAGUGAAAGGGAAGUGCUCACUCUCCAUGCGCGCCUCAAGGAUGCAGUCACCUGGGAGGAGCACUGCAGCAUCACUGGGAAACUCAGGCGGCAGCUGGAACAGGAGCAAAGCCUGAACAGAAGCAAGGAGGAAGAGGUUCAUAUUCUCCACAGUGAAAAUCAAAGUUUGCAUAUGGAAAAAGCCAAACUGAUAGCAGCUGUGGAAAGGGCUCGGGUGGAGUUAGAGAGCAGCAGACAAGUCAAGAGGAAGAUGAAGAGGCGUUUGAGUGCUUUAAAGCAGCAGAAAGAUGAGUGCAUGAUGAAAGAGGGAAAGACGCGUAGUUACCUGGAAGCGGUCGUUUCAGUAGCAGAUCGCAUCUCGGAGGAGCGGGACCAACUUUUACAUAUGGCCUCCAUACUCCAGCAAGAAAAGCAGGGAUUCAUUGGUAGCAUCUUAAGCGGCACCGUCCGAUUCGGCAAGCUCCAGGAGCGUAUAAAGGUGUAUCGCAGGCUGGCGUCCAGCCGACUGGUGGCAGUGGAAAAGGAGGCGGAAGGCAAGGCGGCCUCUCACCGCCAGGAGAUACUCCACCUGCAGAGACUGCUGGGAGAGAGGCAGCAGGCGGAGGAGAAGCUGCUGCAAUCCAAACGGGAGGUGGAGGAGGAGCUGAAGGUUGUUUGGCAGGCGGCCACGAGGGAAAACCAGCAAAUCAAGGAGACUCUCUGGGACUCCGGAUGCACCGGUGACAGCAUCCAGCAGGCCUUUGCCCACACAGUCUCUCCAGAAUGUCGUCAGAGGUUACUGGAUGUCCACAAAAAUCCCCAAGUGCAGAAAUCUGAUCAAAUGCAUCAACAAAAUCUGGAUUUCUACAACUAGAAGAGACCAUCACACAGGCAUAGUUUCUAUUUCUAUUCAGAACAGAACCGUUCAUGGAAGCUUGUCUAUGUUCCAACCAAGGUAUCAUAAAUUGACAAUAAAAGCACCGUCUAACUUUAUAGUAGUUAGGUAAUGUACUGGAUGUCCUCACCUUAGCACAGUAAAAACCUUUAUAUGACAAUAAGAGACUGGAUGUUUGUAACAGCAGGGACUAAAUGUUGAAUAUAUAUGGCGGAAAACACUCAGGUGACUUGAAGUUCCGCUCUGAGACCCCCAAUUUGGCCAACUUUCAAAAUUGUCCGAUAUGCAUGUGUGAUACAUCAUUGGAAAGCUUAAAAUCUCAAUUUUCUGGGGGAAGAAAGAUUUUGAACAGGAGGGCUUUUUUUUAAAAAAAGAAAAAAAAAAAAGUUUUUUUAACAGCAAAACCCUAUCUAGAGGCGAGAGCACGCGAGACCAGAAUUACAGACCCCAUGACUUUAACGAGAUAUUAUCGCGUACUUACCUUGUUUCGAUCCGAAAACUCUAUGUAGCAUGUAUCACUGAGUGCCAAGACACAGCUGUAAAUGGCCACAGCUGGAUUUUGGAUGGAUUUUAUGAGUGAAACAUGGUAAUUUAACAAGGAUCGCGAUGCAGAAAUCGCAGACAUUAAGGUGUGGUCGAGAUUUUCUUUUUCAUAUACUGUAGUUACCCGUUAUAAAAAAUUUUUUUUUUUUCUCAAUUUUUUUUGUUUGGGUCGAUUAUUUAUCAUCUAACAUAUCGGAGAAAAUGCGAUAGUAACAAAAAAAAAAUACAAUUAAGUGAGAGUUAUGAGGUAGAUAUCCGUGACUUUUUUACAGACGCAAUUUUUGUCAUUGUGACAUAAUUUGUUUAAAAGUUUAAAAUAUGUGAAUGAA